AUGAAGGGAAGUUUGAAAGUUGUGGGGAAGAACAAAGGCAAACAUGACACUUCUGGAUCGACUGUAAAUGAAAAUGUCAGAAGAAAAGCAUUGGCUGAUGUUAGCAACGUGCAGAGUAGUUUUGCGAGGAAUGCGGCAUAUGAUGGUUCGAAACCAAGGAUUUCAGUGGGUCCAGGCUAUAGGACCAUGAAUCUUCCAUCAAGAAAAUCUGCAAAGUUAGAUAACAAGGGAAGCACGCUUUUGAGUGCUUGUUUGUUGGCAGAAAGGGGAGGCAGGGAGGAUGGGGGGAGGGGUGUGGAUGGUUGA